UUAAAACAUUUUUUUUAUUACAAAUUUUUAAACCUUGGAAAAGAGGGUUGUUCCGGACUCAAAUAUUACGAAAAAAGUUACUCUAUCCCGCCAAACUAUCUACACACCCUGCAUCAGUAUCCCCAGUCUACUCCUAGGGGCCGGGCACUUAGUCAGGCCCCGCCCUUCCCCGCCUUUACUCCUAGGGGCGGGGCACUAAGUCAAGUCCCGCCCCUUCCCGCCUCCUUGCCAAAUUUGCCCCGGCUCACCCUGCACCAAUCAGUCAAAUCAAGUCAAGGGUUUCCUACUUUUAGUCAUCAAGUUCAUCAUGCAUCCAGCAUUCAUCAACCAAUCAGCGAUCCAAGAGCAAUCAAUCCAGCAGUCAGCGAUCCAAGAACAAUCCAUUCUGCAAUCAGCGAUAUGAGAGUAAUCAGCGAUCCAAGAGCAAUUCAUCCAGCAAUCAGCGAUCCAAGAGCAAUCCAUCCAGUAGUCAGUGAUCCAAGAUUUAUCCAUCCCGGUAUCAGCGAUCCAAGGUUAAUCCAUCCUGCAAUUAGCGAUCCGAGAGAAGUUCACCCUACGAUCAGCGAUCCGAGAGCUGUCCAUCCAUUGAUGAUUGAUCAGCGAUCAAUUUAUGCAUCAAUGAGUAAUCCAUCCAUCAGCCUUCAAAGAUUGCCAGCUGAUUAUUUGAAAUCUAAAAAUGAUGAAAUCUCUUCUUCAACCCGAGGGGUGAAAAGGAAAGCGGAAGAAAACCUCCCAAAUCAGAAUAGUUCUGCAGGUCGUCUUCCGUCAGAGCUGAAUCCGGAACAGAGACUAAAUGCUGAAAAAAGUAUAAAUUCGCCAUUAUUGCAAAAUUCAAGGCUAAAAGUUCGAGUUGAUAUAUUGAAGUCACCAAUGUCACAACUUCAGAAGAAUAUCUCAAGUGAUAGAUGUCCCUCUGUACCUCCUUUGCCCAAAUCCCCGGAAAGCAAAGGAAGAAAAAGAACUGGAGAGGGAGAAGGAGAAAAUACAACUGAAAAGAUAAAAGAUAAAAGUCCUGAAAUGAGGAAAGAAGCAAAGAAAGGAAAUGAGAAAGAAGCAAGGAAAGGAAAUGAGAAAGAAGCACCAAAGAGGAAGAGUGUGAGUAAAGCUAAGAGUAAGGAAAAAGAGAAGAAUAAAGAUGCUGGAAAGGAGAGGGAAGAAGAUCAAGAAGAGCCAACUGCUGUUCCUAGUCCAGAGUCUGCUAAUAAGUCAACAAUAGAUUGCCCAGUGUGUAAAGAUGUUGCCAUAGCCCAUUUUCACUACGGAGGAAUGUGUUGCUAUUCUUGUAAAGCUUUCUUCAGAAGAGUUGUUAACACAUCAAAGGCGAAUAAAUAUAAAUGUCGGAAUGGAAGUAACCUGUGUGAUGUCAGCCUUGGGAACCGACGCAGCUGUCAAGCAUGCAGGUAUCGUAAAUGUGUCUCCGCGGGAAUGAAACCGGGUCUAGUUCUCUCAGAUGAGCAGUGUACUAGAAGGUUUGGACCAAGGAGCAGAAAUAGAGUUUCAAACCCUGGCGACGAAGAAGAGGUAGAUAAUCCAAAUACAAUGGAGGAAUUACAGGACAGUGAAGUAACUAGUGAGGAUCUAAGUGUUCUAAUUGAUGGGGAGAAGUCUUACGAAGAGCAAAAUAGGAUUGGUAGAGCUCUCUUCAUUGCUCUUUUUGACACAGGUUCAGUAGGAUCAGAUCGUGUAGAGGACAGAGAACUGGACAGAUUUAUGGAAAUUCAAGAAACUCAAGCAAUGGUCAAGAGCUUUCAAAUAGAACGUCAACUUAAUCAUUCGAGAAAAUUUCUACCUUUUAACUCAGGGACAUUUAGAAUUGAUAAACAAUAAACAAUAUUAUUAAUGAAGAUAAUAGCUAUUU